AUGGUUGUUCUGUCAAAAGAGUAUGGCUGCGUGGUGUUGACUGGUGUUGCCAGUAUGAUCAUGGUGGGACACUUAGCUAUCCAAGUGGGCAAAGCUCGCAAGAAGUACAAUGUGCCGUACCCUAAGAUGUACUGCGAUGAUAGUGAAGAGGGCAACAUUUUCAACUGCGUGCAACGUGCACACCAGAACACUCUGGAGCUCUACCCUGCCUUCCUUUUCUGUCUUGCUGUUGGUGGCCUGCAUUGUCCCCGUCUCACCAGCGGACUGGGAGCCAUCUGGAUCAUAAGUCGUGAGGUGUAUGCACAUGGCUACUCAACAGGAGAUCCUAAAAAACGAAUGCGUGGAGCCUUCGGGAAUGUGGCACUGCUUGGGAUGAUUCUGACCACCGCCAACUUUGGGCGCCACUUGCUGGGCUGGACACAUCCUCAGUUUGGGUCCUGGGGCAACGUUAAAAAAUGUUGUUCAUAG